UGGAACAGCCAAGAUGGAGCCGGCAGCCGGCGGCCCCGGCCCGCUGAUCAUGAACAACAAGCAACCUCAGCCGCCGCCACCUCCGCCGCCGGCAACCGCGCAGCCGCCACCCGGGGCACCGCGGGCCGGCGGGGGUCUCCUGCCAGGGGGCAAAGCCCGAGAGUUCAACCGCAACCAGCGCAAAGACUCGGAGGGCUGUUCCGAGUCUCCAGACCUGGAGUUUGAGUACGCUGACACAGACAAGUGGGCUGCGGAGCUCUCCGAGCUUUACAGCUACACGGAAGGGCCAGAAUUCUUGAUGAAUCGAAAAUGCUUUGAAGAGGACUUCCGGAUCCAUGUGACAGACAAGAAGUGGACCGAGCUGGACACCAACCAGCACCGGACCCAUGCCAUGAGGCUCCUGGACGGCCUGGAAGUCACUGCCAGGGAGAAGAGACUCAAGGUGGCUCGGGCAAUUCUCUACGUUGCCCAAGGCACCUUCGGGGAGUGCAGCUCAGAGGCAGAGGUGCAGACUUGGAUGCGCUACAACAUCUUUUUGCUCCUGGAGGUGGGCACGUUCCAUGCUUUGGUGGAGCUUCUGAACAUGGAAAUAGACAACAGCGCCGCCUGCAGCAGUGCGGUGAGGAAGCCGGCCAUCUCCCUGGCGGACAGCACAGACCUGAGGGUCCUGCUCAACAUCAUGUAUCUGAUUGUGGAGACCGUUCACCAAGAGUGUGAGAGCGAUAAAGCUGAGUGGAGGGCAAUGCGACAGACCUUCAGGGCUGAGCUGGGUUCCCCGCUAUACAACAAUGAGCCAUUUGCCAUCAUGCUGUUUGGGAUGGUGACCAAAUUUUGCAGUGGCCAUGCGCCUCACUUCCCGAUGAAGAAGGUUCUCUUGCUGCUUUGGAAGACAGUACUGUGCACGCUGGGCGGCUUUGAGGAACUGCAGAGCAUGAAGGCCGAGAAGCGCACCAUGCUGGGCCUCCCCCCGCUGCCUGAGGACAGCAUCAAAGUGAUCCGCAACAUGAGGGCCGCCUCUCCACCAGCAUCUGCCUCCGACCUGAUCGAGCAGCAGCAGAAACGGGGCCGCCGGGAGCACAAGGCUCUGAUAAAGCAGGACAACCUGGAUGCCUUCAAUGAGCGGGAUCCCUACAAGACUGACGAUUCUCGAGAAGAGGAAGAGGAGAAUGAUGAUGACAACAGUCUGGAGGGGGAGACGUUCCCCCUUGAGCGGGACGAAGUGAUGCCUCCCCCAUUACAGCACCCCCAGACUGACAGGCUUACCUGUCCAAAGGGGCUCCCAUGGGCACCCAAGGUCAGAGAGAAAGACAUUGAGAUGUUCCUCGAGUCCAGCCGUAGCAAGUUCAUAGGUUACACUCUGGGCAGUGAUACAAACACAGUGGUGGGGCUGCCCAGGCCAAUCCACGAAAGCAUCAAGACUCUGAAACAGCACAAGUACACGUCGAUUGCAGAGGUCCAGGCACAGAUGGAGGAGGAGUACCUUCGCUCUCCUCUCUCAGGGGGAGAAGAGGAAGUUGAGCAAGUCCCCGCAGAAACCCUCUACCAAGGCCUGCUCCCCAGCCUGCCUCAGUACAUGAUCGCGCUGCUGAAGAUCCUGCUGGCUGCAGCUCCCACAUCAAAAGCCAAAACAGACUCCAUCAACAUCCUAGCAGACGUCUUGCCUGAGGAGAUGCCGACCACGGUGUUGCAGAGCAUGAAGCUGGGGGUCGAUGUGAACCGCCACAAAGAGGUCAUUGUUAAGGCCAUUUCCGCUGUCCUGCUGCUGCUGCUCAAGCACUUUAAAUUGAACCAUGUCUACCAGUUUGAAUACAUGGCCCAGCACCUGGUGUUUGCCAACUGCAUCCCUUUGAUUCUAAAGUUCUUCAAUCAAAACAUCAUGUCCUACAUCACUGCCAAGAACAGUAUUUCCGUCCUGGAUUACCCUCACUGCGUGGUGCACGAGCUGCCGGAGCUGACUGCCGAGAGCCUGGAAGCAGGUGACAAUAACCAGUUUUGCUGGAGAAACCUCUUUUCUUGUAUCAACCUCCUUCGGAUCUUGAACAAGCUGACCAAAUGGAAGCAUUCGAGGACAAUGAUGCUAGUGGUGUUCAAGUCCGCCCCUAUCCUGAAGCGGGCGCUGAAAGUGAAGCAGGCCAUGAUGCAGCUCUAUGUGCUGAAGCUGCUCAAGGUGCAGACCAAGUACCUGGGGCGGCAGUGGCGCAAGAGCAACAUGAAGACCAUGUCUGCCAUCUACCAGAAGGUGCGGCAUCGGCUGAAUGACGACUGGGCCUACGGCAACGAUCUGGAUGCCCGGCCUUGGGAUUUCCAGGCAGAGGAGUGUGCCCUCCGUGCCAACAUUGAACGCUUCAACGCCCGGCGCUACGACCGGGCCCACAGCAACCCCGACUUCCUUCCUGUGGACAACUGCCUGCAGAGCGUCCUGGGCCAGCGGGUGGACCUCCCUGAAGACUUCCAGAUGAACUAUGACCUCUGGUUAGAAAGGGAGGUCUUCUCCAAGCCCAUUUCCUGGGAAGAGCUGCUUCAGUGAGGCUCCUGGGUAGGGGACUAACGAGGGAAGAAGGUGAUGUCCAGCUGCCCCGGCCUGUCCUGGAUCACUGCAGUGUGCACGUCCCCCUCCAGGUGGCAGCACAGCCCCUCUGUGCCCUCCCCAGACAGCCCUGGACUUGGCCUCUGGUUGAUCCCAGCAUCCUGCAUGGGAGCAGUCAUCUCUGCUUCCCAUCCUCUCUCUUCACUCCUCCCACCUUCCUCUCUUGGACAUGGUUGGUUGCAGCUCAUUUCUCAUUCAGCCCAAGGCUGGGAAAAGCUGGGAUGGGGUGGGAACCCAUCACAUCUGAAUUUCGGGGCUCACGCUGACUUUCCUUGAGACAUGCAAAUCCUUGGCAGGCCCAAUUGCCAAGGAGGAGGGUUUAGGAUUAAGGCCAGGGCCAGAAAGCCAGAAUCCUGGUUUUGCUUUGGGGGUUUCUGAUGUCAUUCCAGCCUCCUGCUGUUUCCUCCAGAAGCAGUUGCAGAGGCUCCUGCAGCUCCCUCAGCACUUGGGUUCUGGACAGGGUUGGGUGGGAAGAGAAGCUUGCCUUCGUCAGAGGCGCCAUUUUUCCUCAUGGUUUGCAAGGGUCUGUAAAUAUCUAUAUAUAAAUCUGUGUGUAUUCUCUUGUGUCAUGUGGGGUUUUUACUGUGUUUGUGUAUUCUGUUUACAUUAAAAGGAAGCAAAAAUAA